AGGUUUGACUGAGUGAUCAUACCAGAGGGAGAGACGGCGUGGACAGUAUCGCCUGUUCCAGCCAUAGCUGAUAAAAUCCCUGUUGUUCAGGUGAUAAGAGAGACUCCUCCCAGCUCCUACUUUAUUGACAUCAGCUCUAUUUGUGUAUUAUUGUGUCCUUGUUCAAGGAUGUGUGCACCGAUACACUGACUGUGUGGGUUCGUGAAGACUCCAAAACAACCAUGUAUUAUGAGAGGAAGGAGGAGAAACCACAUUCGACUUGCCAGAGCUAGUGGAGAGGAGCCAGUGAAGUGGGACAGUCCGUUGUACCUAUUGAGUCAAUGCCCUAGGCCUACUACAACUGUGAUUGACUUCACUUUAGACAUCCAUUCUUUGGAAAAUGGAUGUAUUGAUCAAUUGGUUAAGGAGCGUUUUACUGUGCUGGACAUAUCUGGUUGUCUUUCUCACCAGCGCAACUUCAAUGAUUCCCAACCAGGAGCAGGUGCGCAGUGAAACCCCUAUGGGCCAAAAGGACACCGAUUUCGAUGAUGCAUCCUUUCUAUGGACCAGAUCAAGUAGUUUCGUAUCUUCCUCGCAGCUGAUUCGGCCUUAUUCACUCUCGAUGAAUGAGGAGGAUUACCAUUACGCUCCGAAACCCAAACACCUGCGGCACAACCGGCUCCUGCGCAUUUUGGGCUCGUCUUUUGAUCCGUUCUGGAUGUCCAUAGAACGCCCAGCCGAAGCAAGGGUCGACACCGAUGCGUCUGGUGGUCAAACUGCGUCUCGUGGUGACCCGCUCGCUCCUCCCGCUUUAUCAAACUACACCACCAACGAGGGGUUCAACUUCGACGCGUCUCCAGAGCUGACAGAGGGUGCAGCGCGCUACCAACGAAAACUACAAAACGACGCAGAGGAUUUGGACUUGAGUGAACUUCCUGCAGACGUUGCCAGCACUCUGCGUGAUUGGCUGGUCCGCUCGGCCACCUGUGGAAUGCGCUACCAGUGGGUAAAAUUAGCUCCAGUGUUCUGGCCACGUUGGUUACGCCACACUGAUUGCGAAAAAUCUGGUGGCUCGCGGAGUUGCUCUUUCCCCAGCGGGAUGGCAUGCCGGCAGGCCCAAACCACACAGAUAAAGAUACUGGCCUGGCACUGCUGGAGCAGCGAAGAGAGAGGCGGGGAUGGGUUAAGAGAGUUGGCCGGGAUCAACAGGGGGACUGUGGUGGUGGGGACAGGUGUUGCAGGCAGAAAGUGUUUGUGGAGGCAGGUACCUUAUCCUGUGGUUACAGCGUGUAAAUGUUCAUGCAAAUAGUUUUAUUUGAUCACUGUUAAUCACGAACAUGUCACCUAUUUGGGGUUGGCCUACAUCCAGGAGAGAAUUUAUUUGAACAUCUGAUUGUCAAUGUAGGCAUACGACAAUUUGUUUUGCAAUUGAUUAUCAAGUAUAGUUUGUCCAGCCUUAAAUAAAUAUACCUGUAUACAAUUAAUUCACUUGGGUUUCGUAAUCAACUUGUUUUCAUUAGUAUGAAAUGAAGCUAUUGGACGAAAAUUGAAUAAACUGAAUGUUUCCAACCAAUGUGUUUUAAUGUGGGGGUUUUUGGUGGACAUUUUUCAUUUUUUAAAUUAGAUUUCACAUUUUGUAGCGUUUUUCUAUUUCUGUUACACAGCCUACUGUGACGGAAAGAGAUUAAAAAUACAACGCUGUCCUUCAGCACUGAAUUUAUUUAAUUUAUUGUCAACGCGCGCCAUCUAGUGGUAAUGUCAUAAUACAAAUGGGUCAAUGUCGAUUAUUGCGUAAAUUAGUGGAAAUUUUGCGUUUCAAAUGCUAUUUACACCGCUUGUGUUGCUUGUAUUUCUCGAUGUAUAGGUCUUAUUUGUGAUUGAGCCGUUUUCAGCCCCGUUAUUGCCGUGCGAGAGCUUGUGUAACUGUUUUUACUGGUCUUCUGGUUACACCUUGGAUGAAAUAUGAAUGAUUCUUCAUCCAUCCAAUGGUAUUCUUGGGUAGUGUUACCUUGAUUAGUAUUGAAUUAAUGCUGCUACAGUAGCCAGCUGCAUCCAUGUGUUCAAAUGAAUUGCCUGUUAGCUCUCUGCUCACUGGUUCCAGAGCAAAUGAUGGCCUGUCUUACAGAGAAAGCUCAUCAGAGAGUUCCUGACUCUUCAGGAGCAAGGCAUACUGCCAAACUACAUCACUGUCAAUCACAUGAGAAAGCCUUCCUGAAGAAGUGAGCGAAACCUCAAGUUUCACCGACUCCAGUACAGUAUGAUGCACACAUAUAUAGACAGAUGGAUAGAUAGGCCCACAGGGAUAAACAUCGAAACAUAAGAGUGAUUGAUACAAGUUGUAUGUCUUGUGUAUAAAUGGCAGAAUGGAGAGACAUCCAUGUCAUUGAGCUGUUGAGUAGAUACUGUAUAUAGAUAACGCUGUGAUAGUCUGAACAAAAUUACAAUUUCAACUAAGCUGAACAAAAAUAUAAAUGCAACAUGUAAAGUGUUGGUUCCAUAUUUCAUGAGCUGAAAUAAAUAUCCCUGAAAUUUUUAAUACGUACAAAAAGCUUAUUUCUCAAAUGUUGUGCACACAUUUGUUAGUGAACAUUUUCUCCUUUUCCGAGCUCUGUUUGUUCACAGCAACCAGAAUCCCUCUCGAUGGAGGUGGGAAAGGGGGAGAAGAAAAAGUUCUGCAGACUGUUUGGCUGUAAAAUUAAAACAGCAAUGGAGAAACGGAUGGAGGAUUGUGAAAAGUAUUGUCUCAGGUGCAGAAUUGUGUCUGUCAUAGUCUGAUACAGUACAUGCUUCAUGUGUCUUUGUUUUACUGUUCUGCCUAAGUUAUGUUUUCAUUUUAUGAUUGUUAAUAUUAACACAUUAGCUGACAAUAUGUUCAAACAUUUGAUAGAAUAUAAAAUCGGGUUUAAAAAGAUUACUUUCUAGAUAACGCUUGUCAUAAUUCUCAAAUAAGUUAAAUGUAUCAGCCUCGGUAGGUCAAGAAUAGACCUACACACAAACUCAAUGGGUCAUUAGUUGAGGCAUUCUACCUUAAAUAUAUGCCCAUACUUGGCUCUGCUUCUUCAUAUACGUGAAACUCAAGGUCAAAACUCUUAGGCGUUCUCUAUUGACCUGGAACCAUAUCUCAACAUUAGAGGAAGUGUGUGUUAUCCGGUUUGCUCUGUAUGUUGCAGAGGAAAGCCACAUCACGUGGGCAGAGUACUCACUAAGGAAAUAACUCAAUCUGUAACUGCAUCUAAAAUAGGAAGAGGUAGCAGUGUUGCCAUGCAAGGAUUUCUCUUCUGUUUCGUCUACAUCUGUUCGUUCAUUCUAAUAUGAUGUCAACAUGAUUCAUUUGUAUCAAAAUGUCACAAUUAUUCACAUUAUUUCCAUUUUUUUUAUA